UGUCCCGCCAUUAUCGCUAGUUCGAUCAGUAGCGGGAGGAGAGCCGACCUGAGAGAUCUCUGAGCGGGCCCAACGCUGCCGCUGGCCUAGUUACCAUCGCACCCCGGCAGGAGCCGCAGCUGCCGCAGCCGGCCCUGGUCACCAUCACCGCAACCAUGAGCAGCGAGGCCGAGAUCCAGCAGCCGCCCGCCGCCCCUUCCGCCGCCCCUGCUCUUAGCGCUGCGGACUCCAAGCCCGGCACCACGGGCAGCGGCGCAGGAAGCGGCGGCCCAGGCGGCCUCACACCGGUGGCGCCUGCUGGCGGUGACGAAGUCAUCGCCACGAAGGUUCAGGAAACAGUAAAAUGCUUCAAUGUAGGAAGCGGAGAUGGUUUUGUCAACAGUGCUGUGCUGGAAGAUGAGCCUCCUAGGUUGGAAGGUACUCAAAAUACGACCAGGGAAAAGCUGCCUCCUCAAAUUAGAGUCAAUUUUAAAGAUGCGGUUGAAGUAACGCCUCCAGGAUAUCCAUUAGUAAUCGCAACAUGGAAUGUACAGAGUAUGAAUGUAGGAAAAUUGGAAGUCGUCAAAAAUGAAAUGGAAUCCAUCAAUGUUGAUAUCCUAGGCAUUAGUGAGCUGGAAUGGGCUGGUAGUGGCCAUUUUGAAUCUGGUAGUCAUAUGGUCUACUAUUCUGGAUACAACACAUUGAAGAGGAACGGUGUUGGAUUCAUCAUCAAAAAGAUUAUUUCAAGGUCUAUUCUGAACUACAACGCUGUCAAUGAUAGGCUAAUAUCCAUACGCCUACAAGGAAAACCAGUUAAUACUACUAUUAUUCAGAUUUAUGCACCAACCGCUAAUGCCACAGAUGAAGAAAUUGAAGACUUUUACAAACUGCUGCAGUCUGAAAUUGAUCAAACAUGCAAGAAAGAUGCAUUGCUAAUUACUGGUGACUGGAAUGCAAAAGUUGGAGAAAAAGAAGAAAAACCAGUAGCUGGAAAAUUUGGUCUUGGUGAUAGAGAUGAAGCUGGAGAUCGCAUGAUAGAAUUCUGUAAGACCAAUGACUUAUUCAUCGGAAAUACUUUUUUUCAACAACAUAAGCGACGACUAUACACCUGGGCAUCACCAGAUGGACUACGUAGGGAUCAAAUCGCCUACCUCUGUGGAAAGAUUCGAUGGAAAUGUUUAAUGUCAUCAGUUAAGACAAGGCCAGGGGCCAGCUGUGGAACAGAUCAUCGAUUGCUCAUGUGCAAGUUUGGUUUAAUGCUAAAGAGAAUCAAAGCAAAUCCACAACGGCCAAAGUACGACCCUGGGCGCAUCCCGCCUGAAUUGACACCAUCUCAAGAAUAGAUUUGGCCCACUGAACGCUAAUAACUGAAGACCAGAAGAGAUGUGGGAAGACAUCAAGGAUGUCAUACAUGAAGAAGGUAAAAGGUCAUUUAAAAGACAAGAAAGAAGGAAACGGGCAUAGAAAUUUUAAAAUAGCAAAACCUUUGUCUUUUAGUGGUUGGGGGUGGGAGGGAGGAGGAAAAGAGAACACAGGCUUAGAGGACACUGAGAACCUGUUAUUGGUGAUGGAAAAAUUUGGGAACAGAUAAGAGUGGUGGUUGAACAACACGGUGAACAUAAUUCACUGAACUGUACAUGUCAAGAUUGUUGAAAUGGCAAAUGUUUUGUUACAUAUAUACUUAAUUACAAUAAAUUUUUUUUUAAUUUUUGGCUUUAAUUAGACUAUGUAAUCUAGGAAUUCUGACAAAUUCAUUGAGUUAUUCCUUUGUGUGUUGUGUCCGCAAAAGAGAAUUGGGUUAUAUGGCUGAAGGAGUUUAUUACCCUUCCCCCCCCAAAAUUAUUAUUUUAUUAUGAAAAAGCUUCAUCUAAAGCUAUUGAAGUAAGACAUAAUUAGAAGGAUGCCAUGGGGGUUAGUAGUUCAGAGUUUGAGUCUGCUUUUUAAAUCCAUAAAGAUUUUUAUCUUUUUCCUCCAGCUGUUGAGAAUUUACCCACAUUCUCCAAACAUACGAAAGGAUAUCACAAAUAAGUAACAGUUUUUCACUGGGACAUGCAUCAUUUAUAGUGACCUGAAUAGGAAUACUUUUAUGUUCUCCAAAUUACUAAAAGAGUUGAAAUCAUUCUUUUGGGGUGAGCAAAGAAUUUAGGGCCAAGGGAAUCAAAUAGGGCAGAGGUCACAAAUUGGUGACCUAAUAGCUAAAUCUCUCUUGUUCGGCCUUUGUUAAGAUUUCAGAAAUUUGAAUUCAACAUUUAAAGCUUAGGAGAUACAUCAAAAAUAACUAGAUUAUCAUCUUUUUAAAUCUGAACUUCAGUUGGCGCUGGGCUUUCACUUUUAUAUAAAUUCAAAAUCAUCUGGUUGUAAGUAUUAUUACCACCUUUAGAAGGAGCAGACAUUGUUUUACUUACCACCGUUUGUGUCAGGCUUGGUUUUCUCCGUGUAGAGCAGCAGAAUAUAGUGGAAAGAGUAAACUUGACUGCAGAAGAAUGGGAGAAGGGCUGAUUUGUAAUAUAUCGGAUAAUACUGUUGGAAUAUUCUAGACCUGUGCUGUCUAAUAUAGUCAUUAGCCAAAUGUGGCUAUUCAGCACUUGAAAUUUGGCUAGUGCUGCUGAGGAAACUGAAUUUUUUCAUUUUAAAACCAAUAGUCAGUUCAGUUGUUUUAUGUUUUCUAAGUGUAAGAUACACAUCAUAUUUUGAAGACAGUAUGUAAAAAAGAAAUGCAAAACACUUCAAUUUUUUAUGUUGAUUGUACAUGUUGAAAUGAUAGUGUUUUGGGUUAAAUGUACUACUAAAAUUAGUUUCACUUGUUUUUACUUUUUUUUAACAUGGCUAUUAGAAAACAACCUUAUAUCUUUAGCUUAUGUUAUAUUUCUGUUAGGAGACCUGGUUGCACAAUGGUUAAACAUUCUGAUGCUAACCGAAAGGUUGGCAGUUUUAACCCACCCAGUAACCUGCUUCUCUAAAGAUUACAGAAGCGUAGAAAACCCUGUUGGGCAGCUCUGCUACCCACAUGGGGUCACUAUGAGUGGGAGAUAGACUCCACGGCACCCAACAACAUAUUUCAUUUGGACAGCAGUGUCCUAGAGGGCAGUGUUUCAAGUGGCAGCAGUAUAGGUGAGCUUAGGUUUGGUAAUUGUGUGCCUCUGGGAUAAAGAACUCAAUUAAGCCUGUGCAAAUGAGGUGGAAAUCCAAAGGCCACGCCCUGACAACAAGCCUCUGGAAAGGAGUGGGGCACAAUGUGUUCAGUUUAGCAUAGGAAUUGAUUCAUGUGUAUGCAUUGAUUCAGGCUCCGGUAACUAUAAGAGACCCUGGACCUUGGAACUUCUUGGGGUGGAGGUGGACAGUUUCCUGGAGUGGCAAGAACAUCUAUGCACAGGAGACCAUGGCAUAUCCCUGGGGAUAAUGGAAGUCAGAUAUGGUGCUGUGGCCUCUCCCAGACCCUUGCCUGCUCCAUUUCUCUGCUUGUAUCAUUUCUGGUUACAAUAGAUUGUUAACUGUAAGUAUAGGUAAUGGUCUCCAUAAGUCGUGGGAGCUAUUAUAGGGAAUUAACAAACCCACAGGAGCUGGCAGGACAGAGUCCUAACUUGUGAAGACCGCAGUUCUUGAUGGCUGGUGGCCAGGGAAAGCCUGCAUAGGCGGCCGAUGAAAAAGGGGAGUCCUAGCUUGUGACCUAUCCCAAGGGAGCGGGGUGGGGGAGGGGGAAGCUGACUAGUAUGAAGUUCUGCAGACUUGUGAUUCCAUUGCUUGUACCAGGUGACCUAGCUCUGGGUGGCUGGAGAUGGGAGCGUGACUUAACUCCAGGUGGUUAGAAUCAGACAAAAAGUGCCAUGAAAGUGGCUAGGGACGAUUAGAGAUGUGGGAAGGUGAAGCCUGGGUCCACUUCCACAUGAGAAUUGAAUUUAUGGUGACCCUUGCUACUCAGUGGUAAAGGUGAGGUUUGCCCACCUUGCCCCUUUAGUAGUAUCACAGUGUGACAUCCACUAGAUAUAAAAAAAAAAUGCAAAUGAGAUAAUUGGCAGAUAAUUAACCAGGUACUUUUUUAAGUACUUCAUGUAUAAAUCAGGGCUUCAGACUGGAACGGAACCAAAAAGACUCUGAAAUUUUUGCUGGAGCGAAACAGAAAUCUGAUUUGAAAAUUUUUUCUGAACCUGAACUGAAAUGAACCAUUAUUUUUUGACUCUGCUACUUUUGGUUCAACAACAGUCUUUAAGUUAUAAGCAAGACCAUUGGACCAUUUAUGUUUGAUUUACAUCUGGUGCCCAUGAAUGCCAAAUGCUUCUCUGGCACAUAGCUGGUAAGGGCAUAGUUGAUUGUUUCAGCAAGCUAUAGGUGAUGACUGCUCUUACAAGAGGAGAUUCACAGGCCAGUCAAAAUUCACUAUUUCUGCUCCGUGCUUGACCUGACAUCUCUCACAGUAACACAAGCUGUGCCUAUGGAAGAUGUGAAAAACACUCAGCAAUUGAGAACACUGGUAGUCAGAAAUCUGAAAGAGCUGAUCAAGCUGCAUUGAGUUCUGAACAGAGUUGCACGUGAAUGGAAAUUUGUCAGUAUGGGAUGAACCAGAGAAAAUCCAUGUUGAGAAUUUUUAAAGUAUGAAAAGAUUGAAAAUAAAAGCAUGUGUAAAAUUGCAACACAGAUAUGGUUGGAGACCAUGCAGCAAAUUUAGAGAGGCAGCAGAAGCAUCACCAUUAUGCAGUGCAAGCAAGAAGACAAAGGUUGAAGAAAAUGUCAGAAGUGUUCCAAAUAGGCAACAAAAAGCAUAGAUGAAUUUGUUGUACCAGAAUGCAUUCAGGUGAAAUUAGAUAAACGGUUGUCGAUGCAUAUGUUGAGUUAAUGUUUGUUCAUUUGAGUUAACUGAAUAUUUAGGAUUCUGUAAAAUUUUAAAUCCAGUUAUUGCUUCAAUUGGUCAAAAAUUUUCAGUCAACUCAGAGAAUAUUAGGGAAAUGAUACCUCACUUGCCCUUAAAACUUAGCUCCAAAAUUAGUAAUAAUCUAGAAAAAUGAAUGUUCUCUUCGAAAGUUGAUGUUGCCGAUACAUUGAGUUAGUCAGUUCUAGGAAUUAACGCUCAAUUCCCACAAGAUGGUAGGGUACAUUUGUUGACACUGGGAAUGAAAGACACAGAUCCAUAAAUAAUAAACUACCAAAUUUUAGAGAAGUACAUUGAUUUACAACAGAUUUAUUCUGUAACCAUGAAAAAUGGCUCUAAUACAAUUGAAUUUAUUGAUUUGCUCAGAAAUGAUAGUGAAAUCAAAUGGCAAGUGUCAGGGCAAAAUGACAGUUUUGAAGACUGAUUUAGUGCACUCUGACUUGGCAGACAUUAACCAUUGCAGAAUGUGGUGAAAGUGACAAGGUUUACAAGAAAAGGUUGGUGUAAAGUGCUGCGCACACACUUCAAUUAGUUAUUAAAGACACAAUAAAGAAUGCUGUACUGGAAGGAUUUUUGGGAGAAUGUCAUGAACUCAUACAAAUAAUUUUGUAUUCCGACAUUGCCUACCAAAUUUUUAGGAAAUAAACCUGUACUGGAUUGCUCAAGAAGAUGGAACAGUAUAUACACCAUGUUAGAUACCUUAUCAAAAAAAAAAAAAAAACUACCAACUGAUAACAACCCUAUAGGGCAGAGUAGAACUGCCCCAUAGGGUUUCCAAGGAGAGCGGCUGGUGGAUUUGAACUUCCAGCCUUUUGGUUAGCAGUCAAGCUCUUAACCACUGCGCCACCAGGGAUCCAGAAACCUUACUAGGAUGGAAAAAUCUCUGCAGUGUGUUAGCUGAGAAUAAUAUGAAGUAUUAUUUUUCUAAUGACAAAUGGGCAUAUUUCAGAUUAAUUUUGGAAACUUUAAAACCUUUAAAGAAAGUUACAGUAAGAUUUCAAAGUGAACAGUUUAACUAUGAGUGAUGUUUUUGGGAUGUGGUUGGAAACUAACCUAAAAUUAAGAACUCUUCUUAAUACAUUUGGAAAGACAUUGAAAAAUUUAAUGUCAGAGGAAAAGUUAUUGAAAAUGAUAGCAUAUUAGGAACAGUUUAGAUUCUCGUUAUCAAAUUCUAAUUAGUUCUGAACUUAAGGUAAAGGCCAUAUUACUGUUAAAAAUGAUAGAAAACCUGAAAAGGAGCAAUACUGAAAGUGUAACAAAGAAAAGCAAUUCAGGAAAUACUCUCAUUUCAAAUGAUGUUGAUGAGAUGGAAUUAUUUCCCAAAAUGAAAGGGAAAAAAAGUUUACUUGCGUUCAAACAACUACUGUUAAUAUUGGCCAUAUUAAGAAGCUUUGAUGGUAUACAAAGAGUUGAGAGAAAAAAAAAAGUAUUGAAUUUUGGAACAAAAACCAUUCACAAUAUCCCCAGUUACAUGAAAUUGCUAUGGUAGUUUUGGGUACACCAGCAAUUCACGUCAGUGUUGAGAGAGCUUUCUCAGGUUUGAAAUUCAUCUUUCAAGACAACCAAACCAAAAAAUAUGUUGCAGUUGAGUCGAUUACAACUCAUAAUGACCCUAUAGGACAGGGUCGAACUGCCUCGUAGGGUUUCCAAGGAGCAGCUGGUGGAUUUGAACCAUUGACCCUUUGGUUAGUAGCCACAGCUCUCAACCACUCGGAUAGUUUAAAUGAAAAAAAUAUUAGAGGACAUUCCUUUAAUUAGGGGUAAUUUAUAGUUUAUUGCAAUGAUGUUCUUCUUAAUGCACUGUAUAACUGUGUGAAAUAAAUCUAUAUUUGUAAUAAAAUGUUUAUUUUAUGUAAUGUUAUGACAAUUCAUCAGCUUAGAACUGGGGUGAGUAUUAAAGUAUUAAAUAUUGUGCUUUGUCUUAUGUAUUGAUGUAUUAAGUAUGAUAGUAUACUUUGUAUUUCUAGUAUUUUGUAAAUAAAUUCUUAACCAUUUUAGGUGACUUUUAAGUGUUAGUGAAAUGUCAACUGCAUCAAAAUUGUUUGUUUUGAGUGUAUUUUAUAGAAUUAAGUUGAGAAUUUUCUACUAAAGUAUUUCAGAUCUUCCAUUUAAUAUUCAUACAGUAUGUUAGGAAUGUUUUUUAUCACAGUACUAUUAUUUUUAAAGUGACUGUUGCGCAGUGAAUUCUAGUAUAUUUUAAAAAUAGAAUUUAAAAAUAAUGUAUAUUGUAUUUUCCAUUGUGUUGAAAUGUUUUGAGACAGUGAUUAAAACUGAACAUUAUUGUCCCUUUAGAUUUAAUUAUUAAUGAAUGUAUAGAAAGAAAUAGUUUAAUAUUGCUGUUUUCAAAACCAGUUACAAAAUUUUGAGAUGAACAAAAUUCAGGUUAAUAUAAAAAUGUAAUAUUUGCAGUAUAAGGAAUGAAUUUGGUAGUCAUAUUUAUUCAGAUGAAAUUGUGCCAGGUAACCAUUUGCAGAAUGUAACUUUGAGAUCAAAGAGUAAAAAACAGGUUCAGGUACGGUGGAAGAAGGGAAGGAGGAACAGAACCAAAUUUUUUAAAUUUUGGUGAACCAGAGAAGAAAAAAUUAAGUUUGAAGCCCUGGUAUAAAUUCGUUGAGCCCUUGCAAAAAAUCAAUAGUAAGUGCUGUUACCUCAUUUUACAGAUAAGGAAACUUGCCCAAGGUUACAUAAUUAAUAGUGGUAUAGCCACAGGAGCGAUGGUUAAACACUAGGCUGCUAACCAGAAAGUUGGCAGUUUGAAUGUAUCCAGCAGCUCUGCGGGAGAAAGACCUGGUGAUUCGUUCCCCUAAAGAUUACAGCCUAGGAUACCCUCUGGGACAGUUUUCUGUCACAUGGGGUUGCUCCCAGAAAAAAAACAGCCCAGUGCUGUGGAGUCGAUUCGGACUCAUAGCGACCCCAUAGGACAACGUAAAACUGCCCUGUACAGUUUCCAAGGAGUGCCUGGUAGAUUCGAACUGCCUACCCUUUGGUUAGCAGCCGUAGUGCUUAACUACUACACCACCAGGGUUUCCAUGGGGUUGCUAUGAGUCAGAAUUGACUCGACGGCACCCAACAACAGCAAAGUGGGUUAGCUAGAAUUUGAACCUAGGCUCUUUGGCUCCAGUAAUGGAACUCAAGCUCUGUGCUGUCUGCACAUCUCACCUCACUCUCCUUUUAGUUAUAAAUGGAUAUUAUGGCACUAGUUUCUUAGGCCACAGAAGAGCUAGAGGUACCUCAAGAGUGCAUCGGCCCUUUUUCCCUUCGAUAGAAUUAGCAAAAUUUAGUAUGACAGUGUACAUAAUAUUCAGGUGUAUAACAACAUGAAGAAAACCAUAUUUGAUAAUUCAGCUACUGCAUUGGAUUGAAUGGUGGCCUGCUAGAUUGAAAUCCUUGAGGAUUCAGCCACGUUGCUGGCACUUAGCACAAUGCCUAGCUAGUUAGCAGAGUCAGUAGCUCUAUUAAAGGGCUGGAUGAGGCCUUUGACUUGGUAUCCUUUCUAGGCUCAGCGAUUUGUGGAGGAUUGGAGGAAGAACUAAAGAUGUAGUAAAAUUAGGGGGAAAAAAGUGACAAUAAUUAUAAUUUUAUUUGAAUAGUUGCCUGUAGAUGCAUUCUUAGUUUGUAAUCACUCAACAUCAGUGUAUCUGCACUGCACCCUUUGCUUCCAUUAAGUUGUAAACCCCAUGAGGAUGUGUAAUACUGAUUUUGCCCAUCAUGUGUCCCCAGUGCCUAAAAGUGAAUGUCAGCUUCCAUUUUUCCUUACUGUAAGCAGGACUGUAUUCUGGGACCAUUCUCUCCCUAGUUUCACCUACCUCAUACCUUCCUCACUAUUAAACCCUUUCUUGGUCUGAAUUACAACAGUCUUCUUACCUAUGGCAAACUUCUGGUAGUUGAGUUUACAUCACGAUUACAGUAUAACUCCGUAAAGGUGGAUUUACAUAACAAUUAGAAUGUAAACUCCUAAAGGUAAGGAUUUAUGUCUUAGUUUACUGGUUUGUUCCCAGUCAGUGCCUAGAACUGAAACCAAACCAAACACUGCUGUCAAGCUGAUUUUGACUCAUACUCUAUAGGAGAGUAGAAUUGCACCACAGGGUUUCCAAGGCUGUAAUCUUCAGGGAAGCAGGUCACAGAUCUUUCCUCCCAUGGAGCGGCCGGAUUCAAACUGCCAACAUUUCUGUUAGCAGCCAAGCACUUAAUCAUUGCACUGUGAAGACUCUGUCUUGCAGGUAGUAGACACCCAAUAAAUAAUAAACUGAGCGCUUACCAUCUCUGCUGAGUGCUGAACGAGGCACAGUUUCUGUUCUUAAUGACUUCAAUAGGGAAGAAUUCAUAAACUAGUCUUCCCCAUCCAUAUCCUCAACCCUCAUGGUAUGGUAAACAGAGUAUGCCUCUCGGUUAUCAGAAUAUAUACCACAAAAGCCAGGGUAGUUCCAUUCCUUCCCCCAUUACAUUAGUAACUGUCAGGCUGAGUUCUCUAGAGAGGCAAAACCUGUAAACUAGAGAAAGGUGUGUCGAAGAAAUGGCUCCUGUGGUUAUAGAGGCUGGAAGGUCCCAGGUCCAUGGGUCAGGCUGGGGGCUUUCCCUGAAAUGUAGCCACGGGGUGGUGAACCCAAUAUCAGCAGGUCAGACAGCAGGGUUCUUGCUUACAGGCUGCGGAGAACAAAGAAUCCUAAGAAUGACAGGAAAGCUGCAGCACAAGUCCCAAGAACUGGAUGCCAGGCAAACGAGCCAGCUGCAGGAUCCACAGCAAGUAAAAAUCCUCAAGCCUUGCCAGAAAAUAUUGGAUGCAGACUAUACCCACAAGGAAACUCCCUUUCAACUGAUUGGCUACUCAACAGCAGAUCCCAUCAAGCCUGUGAUCAUAUGAUAUCAAAUCUUAGAGAAGUCAUAUCAUGUGACUGCCAAACUACAUCAUAACUGUCAAACCAGUUGGAAUAAUGGCCUAGACAAGUUGACACGCAAUAUUAACAAUCACAGUCCACCCCUUGUCAACUUGGCACCUGUACAGAUUUCCUUAAACCAUAUAUAAUCUGAGUAAAGACAAAUAAAUAUAAAGUCAUACUUGCACUAACAUGAUACCAAAACACACAAAAAACUAGCCCUGAUUACAUCUUAUAAGUGAAGACAAAAAUAUUUGAUGCACACAAGGCAGAAAUAAUUACAGCUCUCAUUUCUGCAACUGGUGACGUGGUUGUAACAUUUAGGGCUACCUUUUGUGUGUGUGUGUGUGUGUGUGUGUGCUUUCAGUGAAAGUUUACAAAUCAAGUCAGUCUCACACAAAAACUUACAUACACCUUGCUACACACUCCAAUUGCUCUUCUAAUGAGACAGCCCGCUCCCUCCCUCCACUCUUCAUGUCCGUUUCACCAGCUUCUAACCCCCUCUAUCCUCUCAUCUCCCCUCCAGGCAGGAGAUGACAACAUAGUCUCAAGUGUCCACCUGAUCCAAGAAGCUCACUCCACCAGCAUCCGUCUCCAUUACAUCCUCCAGCCCAAUCCCUGUCUGAAGAGUUGGCUUUGGGAAUGGUUCCUGUCCUGAGCCAACAGAAGGUCUGGGGACCAUGACCACCGGGGUCCUUCUAGUCUCAGUCAGACCAUUAAAUCGUAUCUUUUUAUGAGAAUUUGGCGCCUGCAUCCCACUGCCCUCCUGCCCCCUCAGGGGUUCUCUGUUGUGUUCCCUGUUAGGGCAGUCAUUGGUUCUAGCCGAGCACCAUCUAGUUCUGGUCUCAGGCUGAGGUACCCUCUGGUUUAUGUGUCCCUUUCUGUCUCUUGGGUUCGUAAUUACCUUGUGUCCUUGGUGUUCUUCAUUCUCCGUUGAUCCAGGUGGGUUGAGACCAACUGAUACAUCUUAGAUGGCCGCUUGCUAGUGUUUAGGACCCCAGACGCCACUCUCCAAAGUGGGAUGCAGAAUGUUUCCUUAAUAGAUUUUAUUAUGCCAAUUGACUUAUAUGUCCCCUGGAACUAUGGUCCCCAAAACCCCACCUCUGCUAUGCUAGCCUUUGAAGCAUUCAGUUUAUUCCGGAAACUUCUUUGCUUUUGGCUUAGUCCAGUUGUGCUGACCUCGACUGUAUCGUGUUGUCUUUCCCAUCACCUAAAGUAGUACUACUAUCUAAUUAGUGGACACCCCUUUCCCACCCUCCUACCUCCCCCCUUUCGUAACCAUCAAAGAAUAUUUUCUUCUCUGUUUAAACUAUUUUUUGAGUUCUUAGAAUAGUGGUCUUAUACAAUAUUUGUCCUUUUGCAAAUGACUAAUUUCACUCAGCAUAAUGCUUUCCAGAUUCCUCCAUGUUAUGAAAUGUUUCGCAGAUUCAUCACUGUAUGGAUGGGUAGUAUUCCACUGUAUGAAUAUACCAUAAUUUAUCCACUCAUCCAUCGAUGGGCACCUUGGUUGCUUCCAUCUUUUUGCUAUUGUAAACAGUGCUGCAGUGAACAUGGGUGUGUAUAUAUCUGUUCAUGUAAAGGCUCUUAUUUCUCUAGAAUAUAUUCCAAGGAGUGGGAUUGCUGAAUGGUAUGGUAGUUCUAUUUCUAACUUUUUAAGGAAGCGCCAAAUCAAUUUCCAAAGUGGCUGUACCAUUUUACACUCUCACCAGCAGUGUAUAAGUGUUCUAAUCUUUCCACAGCCUCUUCAGCAUUUAUUAUUUUGUGUUUUUUGGAUUAAUGCCAACCUCAUUGGAGUGAGAUGGAAACUCAUUGUAGUUUGGUUUGCAUUUCUCUAAUGGCUAAUGAUGGUGAGCAUUUCCUCAAGUAUCUGUUAGCUACCUGAAUGUCUUCUUUAGUGAAGCAUCUGUUCAUACCUUUUGCCCACUUUUUAAUUGGGUUAUUUGUCUUUUUGUAGUCAAGUUUUUGCAGUAUCAUGUAGAUUUUAGAGAUCAGGCGCUGAUCGGAAAUGUCAUAGCUAAAAAUUUCUUUCCAGUCUGUAGGUAAUCUUUUUACUCUUUUGGUGAAGUCUUUGGUUGAGCAUAGGUGUUUGAUUUUUAGGAGCUCCCAGUCGUCUAGUUUUUCUUCUGCAUUCUUAGUAAUGUGUUGUAUACUGUUUUAUGCCAUAUAUUAGGGCUCCUGACAUUGUCCCUAUUUUUUCUUGUAUGAUCUUUAUCGUUUUAGAUUUAGAACUACCUUCUUAACACCCAUUCUGUAUUCCCUUUGCCCUCAACAAGCACCUCAGCUGGUUUUGGUUCUUUGAUCCAAACCUUCAUUUCUGAAGGUUCUGAGCCAUUAGUAGUCAUGACGGAAUUGGGAUGCUGUAGUUUUCCAUUGACUUUAAUCACAGGACAUGGUAGUACAAAGGGACACCCUAAGGGAUCUCCUGCAUUCCAGAUAUACUCUUCUUUACCUACAUUAUGUAAUAGCAAUCCAAUUUCCUCUUGGUAAUCAGGAUCAAUCACACGAGUCAGUAUGGUAACUACCCUCCUUGCCUGUUGAUCCAGAGGCAUAAGGAGCCCAAAGUACCCAGGUGGCAUUCUUCCAGCUCAAUGGAAUCAGCAAUGUGUCUCUAGGCGGAAGCAUUCCUCCCUUUGGAACUAAGACCCCUAGACCUAGAGAGCAUAAGGGUACAGGGACAGGAAGCAAAGAUCUUCUGAGUGGGUCACUAGGGGUAAUGGUGACUGGUGCCACUCUCAUUUCCACCCCUUGACUCAUGGAGCCAUGAAUCUUGGCUAUGGGAGAAACAACACCUUAUACCUCCUGGAGAACAUCGCCCCAACCCUGCACCUAGUUGGUGCUGUAAUUGUGUCUUCAGGAGGCCAUUCCAUCAUUCUAUCAAACCAGCUGCUUCAGGACGAUAGGGAACACGGUAAGACCAGUGAAUUCCAUGAGCAUGGCCCCACUGUUGCAUUUCAUUUGUUGUGAAGUGAGUCCCUUGAUCUGAGACAAUGCUGUGUGGGAUACGAUUACGGUAGAUAAGGUAUUCUGUAAGUCCACAGAUGGUUAGUUUUGGCAGAAUCAUUUCAUCCAAGGAAGGCAAAUCUAUAUCCAGGGUAAGUGCCUAUUCCAGUAAGAACAAAACCCUGCCCCUCCCGUGAUGGAAGCAGUCCAAUGUGAUCAACCUGCCACCAGGUUGCUGGCUGAUCGCCUCAAGGAAAGGUGCCAUAUUGGAGACUCAGUGUGGGUCUCAGCUGUUGGCAGAUUGGGCACUCAGCAGUGGCUGUAGCCAAGUUGCCCUUGGUGAGUGGAAGUCCAUGUUGCUGAGCCCAUGCAUAACUUCCAUUCCUGUCACCAUGGCCACUUCGUUCAUGAGCCCUUUGAGCAAUGAUUGGAGGAUUGGAGUGGCAAGGGAAAGCAGAACACAUCACCCUAUCCACUUGAUUGUUAAAAUCCUCCUCUGCUGAGGUGACCCUUUGGUGAGCAUUCACAUGACACACAAAUACCUUCACUUCUUUGGCCCAUUCAGAGAGGCCUAUUCACAUACCUCUUCCCCAUACCUCCUUGUCUCCAAUUUUCCAAUCAUGUUCCUUCAAAGUUCCAGACCAUCCACCCAAACCAUUGGCUACAGCCCAUAGAUCAGUAUACAGUCGAACAUCUGGCCAUUUCUCCUUCCAGGCAAAGUAAGCAACCAGGUGCACUGCUCAAAGUACUGCCCAUUGGGAGGAUAUCCCUUCACCAUUAUCCUUCAGGGAGGUCCCAGGAAGGGGCUGUAGUGCCGUUACUGUCCACUUUCGAGUAUUGCCUACAUACAGAACCAUCUGUUAACCAGGCACAAAUUUUCUCCUAAUCAAUUGAUCAUAAGGAACUCCCCAUGAGGCCAUAGGUGCAGACUAGGAGAUGGCAGGUAAUGUGACAGGAGUGGAGAUCGUGGGCUUUUGACCCACUUCUUCAUGCAACUUGUGCCUUCAGGUCUUGCUCAGGCCCAAUCUCCUAUAUACCAUUUCUAUUUAAUGAUGGAGUGCUGCUGGGCACAUCCGAAUUUAUGGCUCUGUGGGUCAGAGAACACCCAGUUCAUGAUGGGCAGCUCAGGCCUCACGGUGACUUGGUGGCCCUCAGUUAAGUGUUCGGUCUCUACUAAGGCCCAGCAACAAACCAAAGGCUGUUUCUCAAAAGGAGAGUAGUUACCUGCAAAUGAAAGCAGGGCUUUGCUCCAGAAUCCUGAGUCUGCUAUGAUUCACCUACAGGAGCCUUUCCAAGACUCCAAACAACAUUUCUAUCUGCCACUGACACUUCAAGAACCAUUGGAUCAGCUGGAUCAUAUGGUCCAAGUGACAGAGCCACAUGCACAGCAGCUUGAAACUGAAACAGAGCCUUUUCUUGUUCUGGGCCCCACUCAAAACUAUAAAAAAAAAAAUAAAACCAAACCCACUGCCAUUGAGUCAAUUCCCACUCAAA